GCGUUUGAAAGUGCCAUUGCGCGAGAUUAGCAGCGCGAGGCCUCGAGCUCCACGCUGCAUGACGUGAUCUACAGGCCUCCGCACGCGGCAUGUGAUGGAGUGGCAGGCGGAUGAGCAAGGCCUGCAGCAGGUCCUUCAGCUUUUGAGAGACUCUCAAUCCCCAGACACAGCCACACAGAGAUCUGUACAGCAGAAACUUGAGCAAUUGAACCAGUUCCCCGAUUUCAACAACUAUCUCAUCUUUGUGUUGACCAGACUGAAAUCUGAAGAUGAGCCCACACGAUCUCUCAGCGGCUUAAUACUGAAGAACAACGUGAAAGUUCAUUAUCAGAACUUUCCUCCUGCGGUGGCACACUUCAUCAAGCAGGAAUGUCUAAACAACAUCGGAGACCCUUCACCUCUCAUCCGGGCCACUAUUGGCAUCCUUAUAACAACAAUUGCCACCAAAGGCGAGUUACAGACAUGGCCGGAGCUACUUCCCCAGCUCUGUAACAUGCUCAAUUCAGAUGACUACAGUACAUGUGAGGGCUCCUUUGGAGCUUUGCAAAAGAUCUGUGAGGACUCGUCCGAGCUGCUGGACAGUGAUGCUCUCAAUCGACCUCUUAACAUCAUGAUUCCCAAAUUUCUGCAGUUCUUCAAGCACUGCAGCCCCAAGAUCAGGUCUCAUGCUAUUGCCUGCGUGAACCAGUUUAUCAUUGGCAGAGCACAAGCCCUCAUGGACAACAUUGACACGUUUAUCGAGAGUCUGUUUGCGCUUGCCGCGGAUGAGGAUUCAGAAGUGAGGAAGAACGUGUGCAGAGCUCUGGUCAUGCUGCUGGAGGUUCGAAUUGACCGGCUCAUCCCACACAUGCACAGCAUCGUUGAGUACAUGCUCCAGCGCACACGUGACCCGGAUGAGAACGUGUCUCUUGAGGCCUGUGAGUUCUGGCUUACGCUGGCUGAGCAGCCCAUCUGUAAGGAAGCCAUAUCCGGACACCUUGCACAGUUAGUCCCUGUUCUUGUGAACGGAAUGAAAUACUCGGAGAUUGACAUCAUUUUAUUAAAGGGUGAUGUGGAAGAGGAUGAGGCUGUGCCGGACAACGAGCAGGACAUCAAGCCGCGCUUCCACAAGUCUCGUACAGUCACCCUUCGUCAUGAGGGCGGUGAGGGAGGAGAAGGGGAGGACAGCGAUGAUGACGAUGAUGAUGAUGAUGAAAGUCUGUCCGACUGGAACUUGCGCAAAUGUUCAGCUGCUGCUCUUGAUGUCUUGGCAAACGUCUUUCGGGAUGAGUUGCUGCCCCCUUUGCUUCCAGUUCUGAAGGGUCUCUUGUUCCACCCGGACUGGAUUGUCAAGGAGUCUGGGAUCCUUGUGUUGGGGGCUAUUGCUGAAGGCUGCAUGCAAGACAUGGUACCGUACCUUCCCGAGCUGAUUCCACACUUGAUUCAGUCUCUAUCUGACAAAAAAGCUUUGGUUCGCUCCAUCUCCUGCUGGACUCUGAGCCGCUAUGCAUUCUGGGUGGUCAGCCAGCCGGCCGACUCCUACCUCAAACCCCUCAUGACGGAGCUGCUCAGACGCAUCCUCGACAGCAAUAAAAGGGUCCAGGAAGCGGCUUGCAGCGCAUUUGCCACACUGGAAGAGGAAGCCUGUACAGAACUGGUGCCCUACUUGAGUUUCAUUCUGGACACACUGGUGUUUGCAUUUAGCAAGUACCAACACAAGAACCUGUUAAUCCUCUACGAUGCCAUCGGAACACUAGCCGACUCUGUUGGUCACCACCUCAACCAGCCUGAAUACAUCCAGAAGCUUAUGCCGCCUCUUAUUCAGAAGUGGAAUGAACUGAAGGACGAGGAUAAAGAUCUGUUUCCAUUAUUGGAGUGCCUGUCUUCAGUGGCGACAGCUCUCCAGAGCGGCUUCCUUCCGUACUGUGAACCCGUCUAUCAGCGCUGUGUCACUCUGGUCCAGAAGAACCUCGCUCAAGCCAUGAUGUACAAUCAGCAGCCAGAUCAGUACGAAGCCCCUGAUAAAGACUUCAUGAUCGUGGCCCUGGAUCUUCUCAGCGGUCUGGCUGAAGGACUCGGCAGUCAUGUGGAUCAGCUGGUUGCCCGGAGCAACAUCAUGACCCUGCUGUUUCAGUGCAUGCAGGACACCAUGCCGGAAGUGAGACAGAGUUCCUUCGCACUGCUGGGCGACUUGACCAAAGCGUGCUUCGUUCACGUGAAGCCCUGUAUCGCUGAGUUCAUGCCUGUUCUGGGUCUCAACCUCAACCCUGAGUUUAUAUCGGUGUGUAAUAAUGCCACAUGGGCCAUUGGAGAGAUCGCUAUACAGAUGGGGACAGAGAUGCAACCCGUUUAUGGCCCUUGUUCUUAGUAACCUCGUGGACAUCAUCAACAGGCCCAAUACACCUAAAACACUGCUGGAGAACACAGCCAUUACCAUUGGACGGCUGGGCUACGUGUGUCCACAGGAAGUUGCGCCCAUAUUGCCACAAUUCAUUCAACCUUUGUG